UUUCUCUUAUCUUGCGUUUGUUUCUCCAUCCUUUCCUAUUUUUUUCUCUCUUUUCUCAUCACAGAACGGAUAAUGUGGACCUUAGUCGCGCUGGGAGUAUGACAAAAGAUUUUAGGAUGCUGGGCUGGUGUUCGAGGCUUUGCAACUCUGUUUUUAGCCGAAUACCAACGCGGUGAAUGCGUCGGACCGAGCUGCCCGAGGUCCGCAUUGAGAAAGUCAACAUCUUGUCUUUCUUUAUUUGACUUCAGGAGGAUGUAACGACCGAUCCUGCCUUUGUGCGUCCAAAUCAAGCAUGCAGAAGGGAAUACGACUCAAUGAUGGUCAUGUCACCUAUCUGGGGCUUUUGGCUAAGAAGGAUGGUACGAGACGCGGGUGCUUGAGUAAAAAGAGCUCCGACAACACGAAAUGGCACACAAAGUGGUUCGCCUUGCUGCAGAAUAUGCUUUUCUAUUUUGAGAACGAGUCCAGCUCGCGACCUUCGGGAUUGUACUUGUUGGAGGGAUGCAUAUGCGACAGGGCGCCUUCACCCAAACCUUCACUGUCAGCCAAGGAGUGUUUAGAAAAGCAGUACUACUUCACAGUCAGCUUCACCCAGGAGAACCAAAAGGCUCUUGAGUUGCGCACAGAAGAUGUAAAGGACUGCGAUGAAUGGGUGGCUGCGAUAUCACAUGCCAGUUACAGAAACUUGGCCACUGAGCAUGAGACUCUCAUGCAGAAGUAUCUUCAUCUGCUUCAGAUCGUGGAGACUGAGAAAACAGUUGCUAAGCAACUUCGACAACAGAUAGAAGAUGGCGAAAUAGAGAUUGAAAGGCUGAAGUCAGAGAUUGCCGGGCUGCUCAAAGACAACGAGAAAAUCCACGCCAGCCCCGCUGCUGCCCCAACCGAGGAUGACUCAGAAAUCAAGAAGAUCAAAAAGGUUCAGAGCUUUCUGCGGGGCUGGAUUUGCAGGAGGAAGUGGAAGACCAUCAUCCAGGACUACAUCCGCUCGCCUCAUGCAGAGAGCAUGAGGAAGAGGAACCAGGUGGUCUUCAGCAUGUUGGAUUCAGAGGCAGAGUAUGUCCAGCAGCUUCAUAUCCUAGUGAACAACUUCCUGAGGCCACUGCGCAUGGCCGCUAGCUCCAAGAAGCCACCAAUCACCCACGAUGAUGUCAGCAGCAUUUUCCUCAACAGUGAAACUAUAAUGUUCCUACAUCAGAUAUUUUACCAGGGUCUGAAGGCCAGAAUAGCAAGUUGGCCAACGUUAGUGCUCGCCGACCUAUUUGACAUCUUGUUGCCCAUGCUGAACAUCUACCAGGAGUUUGUGAGGAACCACCAGUACAGCCUGCAGAUUUUGGCUCACUGUAAACAAAAUCGGGACUUUGACAAGCUGCUGAAACAGUAUGAGGCCAAGCCCGACUGUGAAGAAAGAACUUUGGAGACCUUUCUCACCUACCCCAUGUUCCAGAUUCCCCGCUACAUUCUCACACUCCACGAGCUUCUGGCACACACACCCCAUGAACAUAUUGAGAGAAACAGCCUGGACUACGCCAAGUCUAAGCUGGAGGAACUUUCUAGAAUAAUGCACGACGAGGUGAGCGAGACCGAAAACAUCAGAAAAAACCUGGCAAUAGAGCGCAUGAUCAUCGAGGGCUGUGAGGUGCUCCUUGACACCAGCCAGACGUUUGUAAGACAAGGGUCUCUCAUUCAGGUGCCAAUGAGCGAGAAGGGCAAGAUAACCCGUGGGCGACUGGGUUCUCUGUCUCUGAAGAAGGAGGGGGAGAGGCAGUGUUUCCUCUUCUCUAAACACUUAAUCAUCUGCACCAGGGGUUCUGGAGGAAAGCUUCAUCUCACCAAGAAUGGAGUCGUCUCGCUAAUAGACUGCACUCUGAUGGAAGACCCUGAGGGUACGGAUGAUGAGUCUAAAUCAGACAAGAGUGGCCAGGACAUGGAGCACCUGGACUUCAAGAUUGUUGUGGAGCCAAAAGACAGCCAGUCAUUCACCAUCAUCCUGGUGGCCUCCUCCAGGCAGGAGAAGUCUGCAUGGACCAGCGACAUCAGCCAGUGCAUAGACAACAUCCGCUGCAAUGGCCUCAUGAUGAAUGCCUUUGAAGAAAACUCCAAAGUCACAGUGCCACAGAUGAUCAAAUCAGAUUCAAGUCUGUACUGCGAUGACGUAGACAUCCGCUUCAGUAAGAUGAUGAACUCCUGCAAAGUGCUGCAGAUCCGUUACGCCAGCGUUGAACGUCUGCUGGAAAGACUGACUGACCUUCGUUUCCUCUCCAUUGACUUCCUCAACACCUUCCUGCACUCCUACCGUGUUUUCACCACAGCUGACGUGGUGCUGGAUAAACUCAUCACUAUCUACAAGAAGCCCAUCAGUGCCAUCCCUGCUCGGUCCCUGGAGUUAUUCUUUGCCAGCAGCCAGAACAGCAAACUCCUAUAUGGGGAGCCUCCCAGCUCUCCCAGGGCUAGCAGAAAGUUUUCCUCCCCUCCUCCUCUUGCUAUUGCCAAGAACUCAUCUCCCAACCGUCGCCGCAAGCUCUCCCUCAACAUCCCCAUCAUCACUGGGGGCAAAGCUCUUGACCUGGCUGCCCUCAGCUGCUCCUCAAAUGGCUAUGCAAGCAUGUAUUCCUCCAUGUCCCCAUUCAGCAAGACCACCCUGGACAUCAACAAGCUUUAUGUUUCCAGCCCUAUCGCCAGCAAAAUACCCGAUGAGGGAGAGGACAAGAAGGACAAGGUGGAGGACGCCUCAAUUUGUAAGCAAGAUCUCUCUGUACGAGAAGAAAGUGAUAAUGAUCAGAACCAGAGUGAUGACGGCGACCCAGAGGCAUCUCCCACCAAGUCGCCAACCACACCAAAAAACGUCAAAUGCAAAAACUCCUCAGAGUUUUCUUUGUUUUCUUACAACAAUGGCAUGGUCAUGUCCUCGUGUCGAGAGCUCGACAACAACCGCAGCGCUCUGUCUGCGGCCUCUGCCUUUGCCAUUGCCACAGCUGGAGCCAAUGAGGGAACUCCAACAAAAGAAAAGUAUCGACGGAUGUCUCUCGCAAGCACAGGUUUUCCAACUGACCAGAGAAAUGGAGACAAGGAGUUUGUGAUCAGACGAGCAGCGACUAACAGAGUCCUGAAUGUUCUGAGGCACUGGGUGUCCAAACACUCUCCGGAUUUUGAGUGUAACAAUGAGCUGAAGACGAAGGUCAUUGCCUUCCUAGAGGAGGUGAUGCAUGACCCUGAGCUGCUGACACAAGAGAGGAAAGCAGCAGCAAACAUUAUCAGAACUUUAACUCAGGAAGAUCACGGAGACAACCAGAUCACAAUGGAAGAUGUGACACAACUGGUUGGAGCGGGGAGGGCUGAGCCAUUCGAGACCCACUCAGCCUUGGAAAUUGCAGAGCAGCUCACUUUGCUUGACCACCUGGUGUUUAAAGUGAUCCCAUAUGAGGAGUUCUUUGGUCAAGGCUGGAUGAAAAAUGACAAAAAUGAGAAGACGCCGUACAUCAUGAGAACAACAAAGCACUUCAAUGAUACAAGCAACCUGAUUGCUACAGAGAUCCUGCGGUGUGAAGACACGGCCACUCGGGUAGCAGUCAUAGAGAAAUGGGUGGCCGUGGCCGACAUCUGCCGCUGUUUGCAUAAUUACAACGCUGUGCUCGAAAUCACCUCCUCUCUAAACCGCAGCUCUGUUUUCCGCCUCAAGAAGACCUGGCUAAAGAUUUCUAAGCAGACGAGAGCACUGAUUGACAAGCUGCAAAAGCUGGUGUCAUCAGAGGGGCGGUUCAAGAACCUGAGAGAGGCUUUGAAGAACUGCGACCCCCCUUGUGUUCCGUAUCUUGGGAUGUACCUCACUGAUCUGGCUUUCAUUGAGGAAGGAACACCAAACUACACCGAAGACAACCUGGUCAACUUCUCAAAGAUGAGGAUGAUUUCGCACAUCAUCAGAGAAAUUAGGCAGUUUCAGCAAACAGCGUAUAAAAUUGAUCUACAACCAAAGGUAGCCCAGUAUCUACUGGACAGGAGCUUUGUUCUUGAUGAAGAAAGCAUGUACGAAGCCUCACUCAGAAUUGAGCCUAAAGUGUCCAACUGAUGGGGAAGGUGGUGCUCCGUGUUGUGUUUCCUCUGUUAAUAUUACACACAAGUUCACAUACACAUUGACCAUUGUAUAGCUGUACAUGUUUAAGAUAUUUGCUCUUCUGUACAGUAGACGUUCAAAGUUGUUUGAUGACACAAAACAUCUAGGUGUUUUCUUUUUUUAUUUGUUUGUUGCCAUGAUGACACCUGCUUUAAAUACUUUCUUUUUUUAUUUUUAAGAAAUUCAAGAAUAAUAAUAAUCAUUAUAAUAAUAAUAAUAAUAGAGGUCACUGUAGUUGCAUGCAACUGUCUUCAUGGUGACCAAUGACAUUAUUUUGCAUCAUACAAUACUGUGUCGACUUUGCACUUUCCGAGCACUAAUGCUGCUGGCCGUUGUUUUCUAGUCUUGAGUUUUAUUGAUCAUUGACGUUCUCUGCAACCAAUGUAGCACUGUAUAAAUGAAUUACAUAUAAUCAGGUAAAAGAGCCCAGAGGAAAUAUAAGCUAACUGUAUUUUAAAAGAGGAAACAAGCGAUCAAUGGAAAUGACAGCAAGCUAUCCAAAGCAUAAGUCUCUCUGUGCUUCCCAAACCAAAAAAAUAUGAAGCAUUUGUUAGUCAUUUCUGCUCAGAAGAUGGGGGUUCCCAGCUGUUUUGUACUGGUUUCACAGUUUUUGUGUUCAUAUGUUACGUUGUGAAGCAACCCAAUGGGACCAAGAAGUUAUGAAAAGAGAGCAAAACGAUGUCUCACCUGGUCAUGCUUUGGUUGUUUAAGCCAGUUAACCAGUUUUUCUUAAGCCCAGUUAAUAUAGAAAUGGGUGUAUCUUUUUCCCUUCUUCUGAAACUAUCAUUACCUCACUGGUUUUGUUGAGUCAGAGAAAUACUUUGUUUUAUUAAUGAGAGUUUUCUUGUUGAUUCUAACAAAACUGAUGACAGUGUUACCAGCAAAGGGUUUGCGUAUGUGUGGGGACAAAGAUGCAUGUGUGCAGAAUACCAAGAGGGCUGAGCACCAAACCUUGGGGGACUCCAACGCUGCAAACUAGGGGAGGUGUGUCUUCAUGAUUGAGUAGCUAAUGUGUUUGAGAGUGUGAUCCUCAGGCCAAGAAAGCUUGCUGUGUAAAAUUCACUUUGAACAACAUCAAGACUUUAAUGUAAAGUAGCACAUGGUAAAAAUGGAUAGAUUCAACUUUACAGGAUGUAACUGAAAAUUACUGGACAAUAGACGAAAAAAAUGUAUUCAAAAUUUAACAUUUUUCUGUCUUUCUUUGGCAUUGUCCAGUAAUUGUUCUAAGGGCUUGUGUAAUGGUCCUACACCUGAGGGUUAGGAACCUCAGCAUAACCCUAAAAUUAACUUUGUAUCUAUAAACAACAAGUAUAUUACUCGAUCCGUUGCCUGUUAUCACAAGAGGUGCCCGAAAUCAGUCAAGACAACUCAGAUCAAUUCAAAGAGACAAACUGAAGAGAUCAAAAUGGAUUACAUUUUAAUAAAUUAAUGUUAUUUGGGUAACACAUUUAAUAUUUUGUUACAUCUAAAGUUUGACCCUAUGGUACAUUUUGCUUGAAUUUCCUUUUCAAACUCAUAACAAAAGAACACAAGCGACUUUAAGUGUUGUACCUUCCAGUUUGGGUUCUACUCCUAGAGUAAAAGGUUGUUGCUCUCCUGUAACUAAAAGACAAUCUGUCCUUCUUGCUGUUCCAGUGAUUGUGGAACGUGACUGUAUAUCACUCUGUUAUAUGCAUUGCUGUUAAAAACUAUGAUAAAUUGUAUGUGAAUGACCUCUGCCUGCAGCAUCCAAACACUAUUUUUGUAGUAGUAUAAGAGGGAGUGACCUGCUCUUUAUAUGAACAUGAGGAAGUAUUUUGUACUUUGUUGUUAAUUCACUUCAAUGAGAUGUGCUGUACAUUUUAUACAUGUAAUCUGGCAUAUUUCUCAACAUGGAACAGUGUAAUCUUUUCAAAAACAAGAUAUAUCUUGAGCUCAAUACAAAAUGCUACAACAGUGUGGUGUUGAUAACCAUGACGUAGAGGUAGGACACAACUUCAAAGUGUUUUGCAUUUAUACUGUAAUCCUGUUUAUAAUCAUUUCUGUUAGCAGGAAUAUAGUAACGUAGUGAUUAUUCUGUGAAUAUUUGUAUGUAUUUUUACUAUGUAUGUACAGUACACUUUUGAGGCUAAUGUAGUAGGCAUGCAACACCUUCACAAACAGAAUAAACCUAUUUACUUAUACUGUUUACACUUAUACAUGCACAUAAUCUUAUGAGGUAUUUAAACAAAUAAACAUUUUGCUGUUAGCAAUACCCAGUGGUAUGAAAAUUAUCUUUCAACCCUCUUGUUUCCACAACUAAAGAAAUAUUCCCAGUUUUGUAAGAAGAAAGGAGAUGAAAGUGAAAAUCACAGCAAAUAAACAAAAAUAUGUCUCCCAGUUACCUCAUGCUAAUAAAUCCAUUUUAUCUCAGGAGCAUUUUGUCUCAUGUGCUUUUGUACAGAAUGGGUUGAUGUUAUGCUAAAUGAAAAUGACAUUAAAUGUAAUCUGAGGACUACACAAA